AUGGGAGGUGACAUGCCGUGGCCGCAAGUCCCCGUGGGCAAUAAGGACCACACUGAGGCAGCUGUGGUCAUCAUCGGCGCGGGGAUUUCCGGCAUGUGCACCGCUAUUGACCUAAUCAAAAGAAACAACUGCAGAAACUUUGUUAUCCUUGAAAAGAGUGGUGGGCUUGGAGGCACAUGGCGAGACAACAAGUACCCAGGAUGCUGUUGUGAUGUCUGGUCACAUUUAUACAGCUACUCCUUCGAGCAAAACCCGGACUGGACCAGAGAGUACCCUGGCCAGGAGGAAAUCUUGCAGUAUCUCAUGGGAGUCGCACAAAAGUACGAGUUAUACCGUUACGUACGCUUCAACACCGCCGUGGACUCAGCCAAGUGGGAUGACGCAGAGAAAAAGUGGAAGACAACAGUGUCUGUACAGGGCGCCAAAGACGCCGAGUUUGGGAGCACAUAUACCAUUACCUCUGACUUUCUAGUCUCUGCCGUAGGCCAGCUCAAUGUGCCUAGAAUGCCAGAAAUACCAGGCCUCGACGACUUUCAGGGAAAACUCAUGCACAGCGCCCGCUGGGACUGGAGCUACGAUCUACGAGGCAAGAAAGUUGCCAUUAUUGGAAACGGUGCCACAGCCGCGCAGAUCAUUCCAGAGAUUGUCAAAGAGGUUUCUCAUCUUACCAUCCACCAGAGGACUCCCAACUGGGUCAUUCCUCGUCUCGACUCUACUAUUCCAGCCUGGAAGAGAAGUGUGUACAAAUAUCUUCCCUUUGUCCGGUGGCGAAAGCGAGCCGACAUGAUGGAUUUCCGGGAAGCAUUCUAUGCCGCCGUGUUUGAUAACGCAUCCACCACCGCACAAUUUCUUGAGGCGCAGAGCAAAGAUCAUCUGCAUGCUCAACUUCCAAAUCGGCCCGACUUGUGGGAGAAGCUGCAGCCAAACUACUCGAUUGGUUGCAAGCGCGUCAUCAUCAGCGAUGACUACUUCCCCGUAUUCCUCCGUGACAAUGUUCGAUUGGAAACCGGCAAAAUUGACAAGAUCACCGCCAACGGGAUAGUCACUGACGGAAAAGAGGAGGAUUACGACCUCAUUAUUCUCGCCACUGGCUUCCGCACUGUCGAGUUCAUGCAUCCCAUCAACAUCACAGGCAGCGCCGGGCGAACGUUGAGUGAGAUCUGGAAGGAGGGUGGGCAAGCUCUGUAUGGUGUGACUGUCGAGAGUCUGCCCAAUUUCGGAAUGCUGUAUGGUCCCAACACGAAUCUGGGACACAACAGCAUCAUCCUCAUGAUCGAGACGCAGAGCAAAUACAUCAACGCUCUGAUCAAGCAGGUCAUUGAUGCCCGAAAGAAUGGUGGCAGCCUGGUGAUCGAGCCUAACCCGGCCAAAGUCAAAAAGUACAACGAUGAAAUCCAGUCGGAACUGGAAAGGAGCAGCUUCGCAGACCCCAACUGCAACAGCUGGUACAAGGUCAAGGAUAGCGGCAAGAUUACCAACAACUGGAGUCGCACAGUCGUGGACUAUCAGAAGCUUUUGAGCAAUGUCGACUGGUCCGACUAUGAACUCUCAGGGACUUUUGCAGAUAAAGUGGCCAAGCAAAAGCCCACGCACAUUGGGCGAGUUGUUGAAGAGUCGCAGAUCAGCUACCAAACCAUGGCUCUGACGGCGCUGAGCUUAGCAGCGGUGGGCGCGGGCGUUGCUCUCCGGCACACGGAUCCUCACAAGAUGCCUUCUCCCUUCGGGUCUACCUUUGCCUCUGCUGCUGCUGCUGCUAGCACGAAUGGUGACAGUUCUGGAAAUAGAAGGGACAAUACGGGAUCAAGUGACUGGUCUAGAAGCCGUGUGAACGGCGCCCCGCAAACCUUUCGCAGAGUCUCUCAAGCGACCUCGCAGUCACAGACACAAUCACAAGCUCGAGAAAGCGCAGGCGUAGCGUUGCCUACUGCCAAUAACGGCGGCGUGUACAUCCCUCCUCACCUCAAUUCCACCAACCCUAGCAUGCCUCGAAAUCCCCCUCUGGGCGAUACCCGCUACUCCAAGGACCAACUUCUGAACAUAUUCCAAAAUCUCAAAGAGUCCUCGGCUCUAGAUCGGAACCUCGAGGAUAUUUUUUUGGGAACGUGGAAUCCCUUGGAUAGUCAAAACGGGGUGGGUGUUCACGGCAUCGGCGGUGACGGAAAAGACCAGGUCCCCGGCCCAGAGGUCUGUUGGAGCUAUAACAUAAAUCCCGAGCCAUUUGGCCUGAGGGUUAUGACGGAAGAGGAGAAAGUGCUCUUUUCCGGUUCGGUCAACUCGCCAAUCAAACCGCAGCAAAAUACCUCCAAAGAGAGCUCUGGAGUGGGAGUGAUCGGUGGACGCAAGGCUUCCUUAUCAGGUUACAACAGUACAACCGGGAAUUCGAGGCCAGGGACGCGUCGACGAGAGACGAGUGAUUCCUUCAUGAGUAAUGGCCCCAUGUCACCUGUAGAAACGAAGUCCUUUUUCCGAACCGAGUCAAACACCGCGACCCCUCCUCCUGCUCUGCUGCGACGUCGAACAGACUACAAGGAGGAAGAAGCCACACCCUCUGCCAAAGAAGAUCCAGAGCCAGACGAAACCCCAGAGUCGCAGCCGUCAUUUCCGGGGUUGCGUCGCGCAGGCACUGGUCCGUUAAGUGCCGGCCUGAAUCCCCCGUCUGCAUCGCCCUGGUCAGCGGGUGCUCAGCCGUCUGGUUUCGGAUCUAUGGGUACUUUUGGCAGCUUUGCGAUAGGGACUGCAAGCACGCCAACCGAGCCUGCCGACAAGCGACCUGGCUUUGGAAGCGCACGCAGCGCCAGCCGGUUCAAGGAUCUUUUGUCCAAGUCGAGUGCGGAGGAUGUCUCACAACCUGGUAAAGACAAAGGCCUUUUUGGGUCACUUGAAAAGUUGCCGGAAGAGGAUGCAGAUGCCAGCCAGGCGAGGUUGCGCGACGAGCUCAAGACUCGUCCCGGUCGUAGUGAGACCAAUCCGUAUGAGGACGCACCCGCGCGAGCAGGCAGCGCGGCUUUGGGUGGCGCCCAGGAGGCCAUCCCAGCCGGUGCAGGGAUUGAACAAAUGGGCAUGUCUGCAUUUGCUCCUCAUGCUGCGAUUGGUACCCGGGACUUUGGCCACGAUGAAGGGUACCAGCAAACACCGCACGGACGAUACAAUCUCCACGAACCCAUGAGCCCAACAAACACCAAUCCAUAUCAGAGUCCUCACGGUCGUGUCGAGGACGAUGAGCGUGACACAAAUGACUCCGCUUCCCAGGCAUCGGGCCUCCCGCCUUUUGGCGGUGCUGCGCGUCGAGGCAUGUAUCCUAUUUCCGACGAUCGAAGUAAUUCAGCAAGCGGUCUCCGCGGUGCAGCUGGAUUUGGUGGUCUGGCGGGCUUCGGUGGUCUCGGAGGUAAUCCUACUUGGUCCGGCGCUGGUAUCGGAUCAAGCAAACCCGCAUUGGAUCGAGGGAUCUCGUCUGCAUUUGGCGAUCCUAUAUUCAGUCCUCUGUCCGAGUUACAGUCUCCUGGUGGCCUCGGCGGCGGUUUCGGUGGAUUUGGCUCUGGUGGAAGGGCUGCUCGACUCGGAGCCAUGUUGCCAGCGGCAAUGCAAGAACAAAUUCGAGGGGACAGCAGGAACGAGACUGCAUCGUUCGACUCUCGGCCAGACAGUGCUCAACAACAUCCUGUGCGAGAUCCUUUCGAUGGCACAAACCGCAGACAAGAUGAGUUUGGUCGUCCACCAAGCCUCUUCGAAGAGUCUCCUUCUAUGAGGAGCGUGGAAGAACCGCUGAAUCCCAAUCUGCCCGGCCAAUUUGGACCUCCGAGCGCAGGGCCCCCAACGGGUUCAGUCCCGAUAUCAGGUUCAGCUUCAGCUUCACAGGCGGCACCGAGAACGGGCGGAUCGGAGAACUAUCAAUCCGGCCAUGGGCUCAGUCAGUCGAGCGGGAGUAACUCUUCGAACCAGCUGCCAGCUGCGCAACAGCGACAAAUGGUUAUGCCCGACCGGAUGCGCUGGAUCUAUCGUGACCCUCAGGGAAACACCCAAGGACCAUGGUCCGGUCUGGAGAUGCACGAUUGGUUCAAGGCCGGCUUCUUUACAGCUGAGCUACAGGUGAAGAAGCUUGAGGAUGCCGAGUUUGAGCCACUUGCCCAAUUGGUGAGACGCAUAGGAAACUCUCGUGAGCCAUUCUUGGUGCCUCAGAUCGGUGUUCCUCACGGCCCUCCAACCGCUGGCCCUGGUAACAACUGGGCGAACCCCUCUAUGGGUGCGGCUGCUAGCGGUACUGCCCAGCCACCCUUUGCUAAUAGCUUCCCAAGCUUCGGUACGACCUUGACCGCGGAGCAACAAAAUGCUCUGGAAAGACGUAAGCAGGAGGAGCAAUACCUGAUGGCAAGGCAGAAGGAACAUCUGGCGCAACAGCAGAUGGCUAUGAAGAUGCAAAUGCAAAAUGGGAUGCAUUCGUUGCACCAUCACUCCAGCGCCCAUUCCCUACAAAGCCAACCCAGCUUCGGAAGCAUCACCUCGCCGACUGGUUAUCAGCCGUCGCCAAUACAGCCGUUGAUGCAACCUCCCCAACAAGGUCUACCAUUCGCCCACCACGCUGGACCGUCUGCGGCACCAGCCUUUGGCCGUGAAGAUGAUAUUCAUAAUAUGAUGGAUCGUCUGAGCUUCAAUCAACGCACAAAUAAUCUCCCCUUUACCGGCGCCCCUUUAGGCCCUCCUCCGCCCGAGGUCGUUCCCUCCCAACAAGUCAACACGAUGCUUCAAGAUAGGGCUCGGUUGCAGCAACAACAGCAACAAACUGAUAUGCGCGGUCAUCAGGAUGCUUUUUUAGGCCCUCAGGGCCGCAACGAGCGGCUGGACGAGUUCCACAGACUACGUGGGCAAAUCGACAUACCAGCUGGUCGUCUCGGCCCUGAAGAGCCUCGACCUCAACCCAUUGGUGCUCCCCGCCAACCUACUGAACAAGCUGUCACGUCAGCAGCAUCAAAGGUACCCGCCCCAAUUGGGCAUGCUGCUGUUACGGCGAAGCCCGAACCCGAGCAACUUUCUUUGGCUCAGCAAGUGCAGAUUGCAGCAGCCAGCCAACAAGCGGCCGCGGAAGAAAGUGCUUGGGCAAAGAAAGACACUCCGGUCGAGCCUCCCCCUGUCUCGAUUUCGCCUUUGCCUGCUCCCGCCGCCCAGCGGAACAGGCAACACGUGGCUGACGCCCUUGCCGCGGAGUCCAGAUCGGCCACCCAAACACCGAUCGAGACGCCCAUCGUCUCGGUCGCACCAUGGGCUGAGCGCACCGCUGAACAUGCCAAGGGUCCAUCUUUGAAGGAAAUUCAAGAAGCGGAAGCCAAACGGGCAGCCGAGCAGGAAGAAAUUGCUGCCGCUGCUCGACGUGCACAGGCAGAGCAGGAAAGGUUGGCCCAGGCUCAGGCCCCCGCCCCUGCACCCGGCCUUCCAUCGACUUCCACCUGGGGCAGCUCUGUGUCACCUGCCACACCCGGUGCUCAAACCACCUCUGUCUGGGCGAAACAAAACCCUGUCAAAACAGGUACAACAGCGAAUUCGGCUCCAAAGAAAACGCUGGCCCAGAUCCAGAAAGAGGAAGAGUCUCGCAAACAGCGUGCUGCUGCUGCGGCCGCAGCCGCUACGGCAAGCGUCCAAACUACUGGCACCCCAACCGCUGCUUCGGGGGGCAAGAGAUACGCAGAACUUGCUGGCAAAGCCGCUCCAGCAAACCCGGGGGGCCCAGGCGGCGUGUGGACGACUGUAGGCUCGGGCGGUAAGGCCAAGGCCCCGCCUGCCGUCGUUGCAACACCUCAGCCGGUGUCGCGGACAGUAUCAGCGAGCAGCGCACCCAAAACGCGGCCCCCUCUCUCCACACCUCGAAGCACCACCUCCACCAACCAGAGCAAAGCCAAUGAAGAAUUCACCAAGUGGAUCAAAGGGUCACUCGGGAAGGGGCUGAACAGCGGGAUCAACUUGGAUAAUUUUGUGCAAGAUCUGCUGCAACUCCCACCCGAUGUCGAAAUCAUAUCAGAUAGUGUCUAUGCGAGCUCGCAGACCCUUGAUGGCCGUCGCUUUGCAGAGGAGUUUGUCCGCCGCCGGAAGCUCGCCGACAAGGGGGUCGUGGAGCCUGCCACUGGCGUUCAACCGAUGAUGGGUAUUGGUGGAAGUGCAGAUACCAAGAGUGCGGGCGCUGCGGGUGGCGGAUGGAGCGAGGUUGCGAAGAAAGGGCCGGCGAACGCCAGUGCUGCGAAGGAGGAGAGCAAUGCGCAGUUCAAGGUUGUUGCCACGAAGAAGAAGGGAAAGAGGUAA